AUGGAGGCCUCCGAGAAAAGUCCCGAGGGACCGAGAGUGCCGGCUCUCCAGAGAGCCUUGAGCAGCCUACGAACUGGAGCCCAGUCAGUGCUGCUGCACUCAGAAAAAGAGCGCCAUGCUUGUUGGCCUUCGUUCCCCAUGGGGCCUAAGCCGAAAGGCACUUUCAGCAAGGACUCCUCCUACCUGCUCCAGCAGCUCAUUCACCGCUAUCAGGAAUCGGAGGCGGAAGGAGAAGAGGACCAGGGCGAGUCCGAGGGAGAAGUGGAAUCCGAGGAGUCCUCAGAGUCCGAGAUGCUGAAUUUGGAGGAUGAAUUUGAUGGGGUCCUGAGAGAGGAGGCUGUGGCCAAGGCCCUCCAUGAAUUGGGGCGCUCAGGCCCCGGGACGGAGCAGGUCUACCUCAACCUGACUUUAUCAGGCUGUGAUUUAAUCGACGUUAGCAUUCUGUGUGGAUACGUUCACCUACAGAAGUUGGAUCUUUCAGCGAAUAAAAUUGAAGAUUUGUCUUGUGUGAGUUGCAUGCCUUAUCUUCUAGAACUUAAUGCUUCUCAAAAUAAACUGACUUCAUUCUUCAAUUUCAAGCCACCCAAAAAUCUCAAGACGGUGGAUUUUUCCAACAAUCAAAUUUCUGAAAUGUGCGAUUUGUCGGCAUAUCAUGCUCUCACUAAACUGAUUUUGGAUAACAAUGAGAUAGAAGAAAUUAGAGGACUAGAGAUGUGCAGUAGCCUAACCCACCUUAGUUUGUCCAACAACAAGAUCACAAUAAUUAAUGGCUUAAACUCAUUACCCAUCAAAAUACUUUGUCUGAGCAAUAACUACAUUGAGAACAUCACAGGUUUAGAGGAUCUGAAAGCCCUGCAGAACCUGGAUCUGUCCCAUAAUCAGAUAACCAGCCUCCAGGGCCUGGAGAAUCAUGACCUCCUGGAAGUGAUCAACCUGGAGGAUAACAAGAUUGCUGAACUGAAUGAAAUAGAAUACAUUGAAAAUCUUCCUAUUCUUCGAAUUCUCAAUCUUCUAAGAAAUCCAAUUCAGGAAAAACCCGAAUACUGGUUAUUUGUAAUAUUUAUGCUACUGCGACUCACAGAAUUAGAUCAGAAGAAGAUUAAAGUAGAAGAAAAGGUUUCAGCAGUGAAUAAAUAUGACCCUCCUCCUGAAGUGGUCGCAGCCCAAGAUCACCUGACUCAUGUUGUCAACAGCGUCCUGCAGCCACAGAGGAUCUUUGACAGCACUCUUCCAAGUCUGGAUGCUCCUUAUCCCAUGUUGAUACUAGCUGGUCCUCAGGCUUGUGGGAAACGAGAACUUGCUCACCGCCUCUGCAGACAGUUUAGUACUUACUUCAGAUAUGGGGCCUGCCACACAACAAGACCACCUUACUUUGGAGAAGGGGAUCGAGUUGAUUAUCAUUUUAUUUCUCAGGAAGUUUUUGAUGAAAUGCUGAACAUGGGGAAAUUCAUUCUAACAUUUAAUUAUGGUAAUCACAAUUAUGGACUAAAUAGGGACACCGUAGAAGGUAUCGCAAGAGAUGGAUUAGCAAGCUGUAUUCAUAUGGAAAUAGAAGGUGUGAGAAGUUUGAAAUACUCCUAUUUUGAGCCUCGAUAUAUCUUGGUGGUGCCCAUGAACAAGGAAAAAUAUGAGGGACAUUUGCGGAGAAAAGGAUUAUUCAGUCGUGCAGAAAUUGAAUUUGCUGUCUCCAGAGUGGACCUUUAUAUUAAAAUUAAUCAGAAAUUUCCAGGAUAUUUUGAUGCAGUAAUCAAUGCAGAUGAUCUGGAUGCUGCUUACCAAAAGCUAAGUCAGCUCAUCAGAGAAUACCUGGGAUUGACUGAGGAACCUGCCACAAGCUUGGCGCCAACUACAGAUGUUCAGAUAUCCCACCUGGAAUCCAAAGAAGCUCCUAGGAAGUCUGCUGCUUUGAAUAUAUAUGAUUUCCGGGAUCCUACAGACAGAAACUACUUUGCAAAAUUAUGGGCCAAACUUUCAGCCAAAAAAACACCAGUGGAAAGAGAUUCUGUGCACAGACAGCAUGAGGCAGCCCGGCAGGCACUCAUGGGAAAGACACCUCCUGGUCAUACACUCCUAUUUCAAAGGGGUCCAGUACCAGCACCUGUGAUCAAUGGCCUACAAUAUUUUACAGCUUUAGAGGAUCUACAUAAAAGUUUUGAACUUUCUGAAGAGUAUUUUAAACCUCCCAUUGGACCAUAUGCUGAAAAGAGUAGCAAGAAUUCUUUUUCCAUGAAAUAUUCUGCAUUUCACUCUUACAUGUGUUCAAAAGAAUGGUCUUUUCAGCCGCCAGAGGGCAGUAUUUCCUCACGCCCAGGAUCAGGAGUCAGUGAUGGUGAAAUGGAUCAGGCCUUAAAAGCACUGUAUAUGCAGUCGUCUUUACAUGAAAAAAGGUAUUCCCAACCCAGAAGACACUCUGGCGCAGUCACAAGUCGCCCGGGUUCCAACACCAAACCUGCCCUCCCUCCAAUUCCUCAGGGCCACAGGUAGACCAGCACUUGACAUCUGAUCUUAACAUGGAAAACUGGCUUUGAGAAUGUGCAAUCUGUGUGUCUUAUCAGGCCAUGGAUCCCAGCUGUUUCUCCCUCAACCAAUAACCUACAAAGAAUGUUCCACCUGCCUUAAUUUUCUCAAUCAAUUUUUGUUAUAAUUCUCUGAAUAGUGUUUUUUAAUUUAUUUUAUCUUUUGUUAUUUUUCUUGUUUUUAAAUGUAAGUUAUUCUUAGCUUUUGAAAAUGUCUUUUCAGUUUUUCCCAUAGCUACAAAUGAUUUUUCCAGCUGCUUCCUGCUCUGAAAUAUCAGAUGGCAAAAUCUCCCAAGAUCUCUGCAUUGCUAUGUGCGUAGUGAUUUUUGGAUAUAUCCAACAGGGAUCAUCCUCUUAAGAUUUCAAUGUGUCCAUUUAUAAUCUACGUGUAUACGCUAGAGAAUUAUUUUGUUUUAAUUAUGAAAGAAUUAUAGAGUUCCAUUUAACUUGUGGCCAACACGAUAUCAACAGCACUUCUCAAAGGGAAUUAAUUAAUGUAAUUUUGGUGAGUUCUUGACUUGCUUUAGCAAUAUGAAGGAAAAAAGAGUAUCAGGUAAUUCUUUUUAUUUCACCUUUUCCACACUCUGAUUAUGUACUGCUUCUUAUGAGAAAUAUUUUAAAACAACUUUCACCCUCUUGUUAUUUUACUCCCUGCCUUUUGUAGGAAAAAAAAUUCAUUGAGUAACUAUGUGCCAGGAAGCUUAUCUUGGUUGCUCAAACACUGAAGUACAUCCCUUUGGACUAGUUAGUUUCUUCUCUACGUAGUUUCUUCUCAGAGUCCUCCAUGCAGGAUGACUAGUGGGAACAGGAGUUCAU